AUGAAGCAACUAGCGCGAAGGAUCGUCUACUGGUUCGGACUAAACAAGGACGUGGAGGACUACGUGAAGGCCUGCGUGAUUUGCCAUCAGAUGACAGCGAUCAGCAAGAAGGCGCCCUACUCCCGGUGGAUUCCAACGACUAAACCUUUUAGCAGGAUCCAUGCCGAUUUUUUCCACUUUGACCGAAAAGUUUUCCUAGUUGUCGUUGACAGCUUUACCAAGUGGAUUGAACUAGAGUACAUGCGGUUUGGACUGCCGGACGUUGUGGUUACUGACGGAGGACCACCGUUCAACUCGGACAAAUUUGUGACGUUUUUGGAAAAUCAGGGGAUUUUGGUGAUGAAAAGUCCACCGUAUCAUCCGGAAAGCAAUGGACAAGCGGAAAGAACCGUACGUGGUUCCGAUAAGAAAAUCAAGAAGAAGGAAUAA